CAGGAGGACGAACGGAGUGCCUUACGUACCGUAGAUUAAAGUUAAACACCAAUUGAGUCUUAAGUCAAGCCGUAUCGCGUCUGAAAUGGUUGUUAUUGUGAAAUACGAACUGACAGUUUGUUUGUCGUAAAGAAAAGUCUUCAUGCAAACGUCGACCACCACAACUGUCGACAUGAAGUGUUUGAAAGUGGACGAAUACAUCAAGAAGACUUCCUCUGUGAAAGAGACGGAGCUUUUAUUUCAAGAACUACAGAAUUAUGUGAAGAGUCAACCCGGGCUUCAGGGUCGCACACUGUGUGACAGGGUUAUCAGAGCAUGUAACCAUCAACUAGGCGUUGGAUCCUCAAGCUCUGACCAUAUUAGUCAGUUGGUAAAGCUGGUUGAGCUUUCCCUUCGUGGCUAUGAUAUUUCUGCAGCACUUGUUGCUCAGAGCAGUCCGCUGUACAUGGAAAAGAUAGUUUUCCAUAUUGUCAAGAAACUGAGCUCUCUAGAAGUUCCCACUCUCUGCAGCCACGUCGCCGAGUUACUCUACAGCAGGCUUUCCACGGCACAACAGGUUGAGGAAGACUACUGCGUUCUUGUGCGGAGCUGCUUCUCUGUUCUCUGGAAUGGUCUGUCAGGUGCCAAAGACCAAAAAAUCCUCAAUCCUCCAGACAAACUUCACUGCCAGGUGCAAGCUUUGAGCUUCCUCUUGAUGUUGGACAGAGAAAGUGCAACUUCCUCUUUCUCAAAAGCUCCCAUCUACAUGGAGGAUGCCAUCACUGAAUUUGAGAGUAGCUGUGGAGUAUUGACAAAGGAUGAUGCUGCCUUUCUUCUUUGUGAAAUACACACACUAUUUAACAAAUGUUGGAUUUCUGGUCAAGGGUGUGACGGGGACAGGCCCAAGCAGCACCCCUUAACUUUUUACACGAUUUCUGAAAUGACGUUGGUUAUAGUGAAGGUGCUUUGUAAGGCCGGACACUACAAUAUGGCUUCUGACUUCCUGAGUGAAAUUGAGAGGAAGGUCUCGGACUGCGCUGACUGCCAGUGUACACCUCUGGUUCUCGGUAAAUGGGGAGUAAGCAUCCAUUCAACAAUAAAGACUGGAGAAGAGAGUGGCCAAGCUUUGACAGAGUGCGCUAGGGCUUUGAGGUCACUCUUGGCUGACCUGGAUGAUGAAGAAGCUCAUGCGGUUCUGGGUGGAUGCAGUCUUGUGGUGUGGGCUGUUGAAAGUGGGCCCAACAAGGGAUUGAGUGGACCAGUGCUCCUGGCUUUGUUUUCUUUUCUUGAGGAGUACCAAGAGCGGAUAUUGAAGAUACUAAACAAGAAUUCACUGGGCCAGGCCGAGUGCAGCAGACUGCAGCAGGCUCUUUGCUUCAGUAUUUACCAAGGUUUUGUAUUUGCUUAUGAAAGCAUGCUCGCAUCACAGCUUGAGGACAGUGACACGAUGGACAGAGUGCUGCUAUACUGCCAAGCCACAGUCGGACUGAUGAUGAGAGAAUUGCGCAAGUUCUCUAGUGAAAACCUUAUCGUCAAAACAGUAAUUGCAGUGAGCAACCUGGCUUGUGGAUUGUACAACCGACGUCUCUAUGACCAGGCCUUCAAGCUAGUUGAGAACCUCUGUAAGGACCUGUGUAAGAGUUGCCCCGCAUCGCUCUCUGUUGAUAGGUUGACCCGACCCUUCAUGUUGGCGGUGCAGUCUUCACGGCGAGCUGGCCAGCUGGAGCGAGCUCUGGAUUGGAUUAUUCUGUGGCUGAAGGCACUGGGCGACAAAAUCACUACUCACAUGGCUGAACCCGUCUCUCUGUGGGUGAAAACAAAGACUGAUGCAGCCCGUAAUUCUGAGGAGGAUAUAAGGCUCAGGACUUUACGUGAUGGUUUUGGUCCUGAUGUCCCUGAUGAGCAAGUAAUGCUUUGCCUUUUGGAGGAAGAGUUGUGCGCCUACAAGGACGUAACAAGUGACACGGCACAAGAACGUUAUAAUACUCUGUGUGAUCUUUUGGACAUCUGCCAUGAGGAGAGCGCCCACACCCAUUUACGAGGCAUCUACCUCUGUGAAAUGGCCCAAGUUGUGUGCUUCCAAGAUUUCAGUGAACAAACUGACUGCCUGGCAGUUGAUUUUGCCCACGAAGCUUUACGGCUCCUCGAAGAAGAACCAGAGACUCCGGAGAAUGCUGACAGAUUGCAGGAUGACAAAGCCCAUGCUUUACUUUGGCUUUAUAUCUGCACUCUGGAGAAGAAUCUUGAGGAGGCCAUGGAAAGUGACAGAAAACGUAGACAGUUGCGUGAACAGACACAGUGUCUGGCCAACCCCAUAGGAAACAAUGAUUUUGAUUAUGAAGACAAGCAGAAGACACAGGACAGUAUUCUCGUCUAUGAAGGCCUGCAUUUCAACCUGGCAGCAGAAAACAAGUUGUGUGAACCUUUGGAAAGAGCUCUGGAUGGAUGGUCAGCUCUUUUCAAGAGUCGAGCUCUGCCUUCUGUCAGGAACCCCAAACAGACCUGUAGCUCCAUUGUUUUGGCGGCAACCCUCUUCAGACUUAUGGGAAAGCCCCUGAAGGCUUUGGAAGCAUACCAACUUGUGAUUGGAUUUUCAAAUCAACUUGCUGAUGCUCAUGGUUGUGCCAGCUCCCUCUGUCAGUCAGCCAGUCUACUCCUGGAUAUUGGCAGUCCUGAACUGGCUCUGGCCCAGUUAGAGCAAGCAGAAAAAAAUCUUAAAAACUCUGAUACCAGAGCUGAGGGACCCUCUUCCCUAUCCAUGCUGGCUGUUCUGUUGAAAGCUCAGUACUACUACAGCACAGGACAGGUGGAUUGUGGAGUACCUUAUCUCUGUGAGGUUCUCAAACAAGUGAAUGAGCAGAGACAGUCAAAGAGCUGGUACCUGCUGCGUGCACGGACCCUCCAGAUCUGCAGCUCAUAUCUGAAUUUGGACACUUCUCAAUUAAUGCAAUCCCAGCGAAACCUUAUCACACAAGAAGGUAUAAACACACCAGACACUGCCCUGUAUGAGAGCUUGAAGCUUCUCUGCAGCCUGCUGGUCACUUUAGUGGGAAAAGGUUUAUAUGGGACAAACGGCGGCGGCAGCUCAGACGUGCGCUUCGUGGCUCAAGGUGAUAAUCUGGUGCUGAAGUGGCAGCUGCUCUCAGAGCUGCUGAACUGCUCUGUGAAGAUGGUGGCAGUGAGGAGCAGCUGUGGAGCCAUCAAUGACGCCAGACUGCAAUGCCUUGAAGCCCUGAAACUGGCCAUCAAACUGCAGGCACUCAGCCAAUGUGCUGAGCUGCUUGUGAUGAAAGCUGAGUUGGAGCUGAUGCAGGGGGAGAGAGAAGAAAGUAGAACUGAUUUAGACAAAGUCAGAAACCUUCUGGAGCUCUGCACAGAGUCUUCUGAUCAGGUGAAGAGGACAGAUGUGAAAAUCAAACCAAGGAAAGGUCGUCCAGUACAGAAAUUGCAGUCUCCUCUUCCGAUCAUGGAGGAUGAUCUAAAGGACAUCCUGAGCACCAGGUGGAUUGCCAACGAACCUGUAGUGAAGGAUCUAACAUGCUCUCCACCACUGAAAGCCCAGCCUCGUCGCUGGCUCUCCUCCUUAGAGCAUAUACCGGAUUGUCAGUGUCCCUGCUGCUCUCAACCAUGUCUGGGUCGUGCCACUGCUCUCUGGGCAGCCACACAGGCAGAUCUGGUUCUGCAGCUGGAUCCCAGUGAUGCCAGCAUCAGCUCAAAACUUCUUCGUGCAUCGUUAUCCCGCUGUAAAAGCGUUUCCACCAAAUUAGGAGAAAAAUUGGCUAAAAUCUUUACUCACUGCGUUCCUGCCAAAGCCAUUUCUAAACCCUCCUUAAUGCAAGAUGUGGCGGGACGUGUUUACCUACGCAUGGCACUCUCUGGGUUGGAACCCAGCCUUAACAAGGUCUGCGGUAUAUGGAAAAUACUGGAAGCUGGCUUGGCAUUUGUUGAUUCUACAACCUCUCCUGUGUUGAGGCCUGUGAGAGCAGGCCUAUUGGCCACCAAAGCCAUUGCAUUACUGAUUAUCUUGGCUGCCAAGAAGGGCUGCACCCCAGAGGAGCUCUUCUCAAAUGCUUGGAACUGGAAUGCACCAAAAGAAGAUAAAGUGCUGAAAUCAGAACAGAAAAUGGUCCCGCCCUCAUCCUUGCGUAAGAAACCAAAAGACACUAUUAAAAUCCCAGAUAUACCUGAACACAAAAAGGAGGCAAAGAAAGUCAAGACCGUCAGACCCAAGAUUCAAGUGACAAGCUCCUCAACCAAAGAAAAGGGCCUAGUUCCCAUGACACCAGUGAUGCCCAGGUCUAAGUCCUCUGUUAAGGACUUUGGCUCUUUUGACUUCAACACAGUGGUGCCCACUUUGACUUGUACUCCCAUUCAAAAGAUGAAAGGCCCCACUUUAGCGCAGAAAGCCCCAAGGACUUCCACAAAGCUGCAGUUCCAUGUGUAUGAAGAGUUAUCUCCAGUCCAAGACAAAGCUCCGCCUGUGCCCGCUGCCCCCAAACGCACAAAGAUAUCACGUUUUAAGGUGGAAUUUAGUGAUGAAAGUGACACAGAGGCCCAAGCAGAGCCAAAAGGAGAAGCAUAUGUUCCUAAAAAGCGAACUUCCACCAGAAGAGCUGGCCACAAUACUAAAAAGGCCCCUGAUCCACCUGCAGAGAAGGUCCAACCCAAACGACAGGCAAAGGGGAAAAAGAGCACUGCAGUGUCUUGUUCUGCCACUUCUGAGGAUGAUGAGACUUUGGUCUGUCAGCCAGCCACAACAAGAAGAGGAAGACCCAAAAAGCAGCUGUCCAAAACAGGCCCAGAGUUGGUGGAGGAGAUAGACAAAAUGAGGACCAUUGAGGAGGAAACAAAAGAAGUCCUGGACAUAAGCAUUGAACAGCUGAGGACAUCAGACAUUGAGGCUGAAGGAAACCCAUCUUCAAGCAGAGAUAUCAAUGUAGAUUUUGAGGUGUUGCGGCGGGACAUCUGUUAUGAUGUGGAGAGAGAUGAGUUGCCUGAACUGAAGAGCCGAGGUCAUCUAAGAGAAGGUCCACAAACCCACCUCUCUUAUUCAGACAGCAGCCCAGACAAUCUCUCACUGGAUGAUGUUCAGUCCUUGCUCCGCUCAGCCUGGCUAACCCUCCACCACUUCCCCUCUCCCACUCUCUAUCCAACACUCUGCUCUCUGCUGGCCUUGACCAUGGGACAGCAAGACCCCAUAACUACAGCAAUGCUACAUGUCCAGUCUUUGGGCAUCACCAGUCGCCAUCGCACAAUUAGGCACUUGGCCAGCUGUCUCAAAAAGAUGAAAAAGGCUUCCAGUGAGCUAGCAGACAAGAUGGGUGCUCUGAGUCUGGAUGGUUUUAGUAGGACAGAGUCUAAUACGUCCACUGAGGAAAGGUUGUCACAGAUGGAGAACAUCUUUUCCUUCCCUACUGCUGACUCCUCGACUUUCCCCCGGAACCACUGCCAAGAGUUUGUCCAACAAAUUCAACACCUUCCUCCAGGGGUGACAGUGUGUGUGAUGUCUGUGCUUGGAGUAAAACCUGGAGAAAUGGGCGACGGCAUCCUACUGUCACGUCUUGAGAAAGGUUCUACCCCAGUCUCUGUUCACAUCCCCACAUCUCGACAGCAGCAUCCCAUUAGUUGGUUGGUGCAGGAGAUGGAUAGUAUCCAGGUGGAUCAGAAGGCUGUGAGCUGUGUGUCUGAUAAAGCCAAGUGGUGGGAGGGCCGCAGGGGUCUGGACUCCCGUGUUGAGCGGCUGUUGAAGGAGAUGGAGGCGUUGCUUGGAUGCUGGAGGAGCCUUCUUCUGCCCCUCUCAUUGGAUCCUGAGCUCUCGAAUCAGGCCCAGCAGCUUUUCAAGACCUUAUCUGCCAGAGGAGUAAUGGUGGACAAGGAGAUGUUGAAGGCUGUGCUUUCUUCAUCUCAUCUGCUUUCUGAGGAAGAUCUUAAGAGAUUUGCACUAGGAGUUUCUCCACAGUGGGACACAGAAUGUGAUCAGCUGCUCCACUCUGCUGUGUCCCAGCUGUCAGAGAGAGAUGAGCCCCGAGGCCAUUUGGUUCUAAUCCUGGACAAGUACCUCCAGAAGCUGCCAUGGGAGAGCAUUUCCAUCUUAAAGGCUCGCUCUGUGAGCCGGAUGCCUUCUCUGCAUUCACUGCUUGGACUGAGCGUUCAGAAAGAGACAGACUCUAAGUCUAUCCUGAGGCACGGUGUCGAUACAAGGAGCGUGUAUUAUGUGCUGGACCCUGAUGCCAAUUUGGGAAACUCUCAGGACCGAUUCAAGGAAUGGUUUUGUAGUAAUCUGGACUGGCAGGGUGUGUGUGGAGUUCCUCCUGACUCAAGUCAGCUAGAAGAAGCUGUUGCGACCAAGGAUCUAUACAUCUAUGUCGGCCACGGAGCAGGUGCACGGUUCCUAGACAGCCAGACGGUCCUGAAACGACACAUGAGAGCCGCGUCGCUGCUGUUUGGCUGCAGUAGUGCUGCACUGGCUGUGCGUGGGGAUCAAGAGGGACAUGGGAUCAUUCUCAACUACCUCAUAGCAGGCUGCCCCUUUGUUUUGGGAAACCUGUGGGAUGUGACUGAUCGGGAUAUCGAUCGCUUCACCAAAGCCUUGCUGGAGUCUUGGUUAUCUGCUGGGCCUGGAGCUCCCCUCCUAGAUUACAUGGGUCCAUCACGCCAGGCCACACACCUGAAACAUCUCAUAGGAGCUGCACCUGUGGUCUAUGGCUUACCAAUUCACCUGCAGUAGAACUAGGAAGCUGAAAACUCUUAACAACAGGAUGUAAACAAUCUGCAGUAUCAAAAUUUUAUUGUUUCAGCACCCAAGCUGGAGGACAUACUUUUUAACUCAAAGCUAAAUCUUUGUUUUGAUCAAGCUUGAAGUGCUGCAUUAUCUUAAUUUAAACAAAUGCUUGCAUUUUGAACCAGUAUUUGUUGUGUAUUUUAAUUAUCUUUUUAUUUUUUUUUAUUCUAAGUGAAUAAAUGUGUUCUCACAAUCUG